UUAACAACAAUUCUAAAAGAAUACAAAGAUGUCAUCACAGAGAACAUAGGACACACUAGCAGUUUAGAACACAAGAUAAUAUUAACACAGGAACCCACAUUCAAACACAAAAUCUAUCCAAUUCCAUAUGCAUUUAGGGAAGAAGUAAAGAAAGAACUAAAUCAUUUAAUACAGACUAACAAGAUUAAAAGAUCAGAUUCACCAAUAGCAUCACCCAUGGUAGUAGUAAAAAAGAAAAAUGGCCAGUGCCGUAUAUGUUGUGACUAUAGGGAGUUAAAUAAAAUCACACAAUUAGAUGCAGAACCCAUGAGGGACACCAGAGAACUACUGGAAGAAAUAGGCUCCUCCACAUUAUUCACCCACUUAGAUUUAAACAGAGGAUUCUGGCAAAUAGGCAUGCAUCCGGAUUCCAUGCCUUUGACUGCAUUUGCCACAGAGGAAGGCUUGUUCGAAUGGACAGUAAUGCCAUUUGGUCUAGUUAAUUCCACCGCAACAUUUUCUCGAUUCAUGCGAAUCAUGCUAGAAGGCAUACCAAAUGUCGUACAUUUUGUCGAUGAUAUCUGUAUUCACACUAAGGAUAUGAAGACACAUAUAGAGACUAUAAAAACAGUACUAAACAAAUUAAGAGCACAUGGAGUUACAAUAGCACCAAACAAAUUAAAGUUUGCACAAGAGGACAUUGAAUUUUUAGGAUUUAAAGUCGGUAAAAACACAAUUCAGCCCACAGAACACAACAGAGGAAAAAUACUAAAUAUAAAAACACCACACACUCAGAAAGAAGUAAAAGCCAUUUUAGGUUUGUGCAAUUUUUACAGCACUUUUGUUCCAAAAUUUUCUGAUGUUACACUACCCUUAAGGAAACUAAUAAAUAAAGAUAGCAAGAAACAAAUAGUAUGGACGGAUGAAUGCGAAAAUACACUGAGAACAAUCAAAGAAAUUUUCCAAAGUGACAACAUAUUGUUAUCACCCAAUUUUAAACAGUCUUUCACUCUAGUUACAGACGCCUCCAACAUUGGAUUAGGAGCUUGCCUUAUGCAAGAAUACAAUCAUAAAUUAAGACCAAUUACCUAUUUAAGUAGAGCAUUAAGCAGAACUGAAAUUAACUACUCAACCAUUGAAAAAGAAUGCUUAGCAAUUGUGUGGGCACUUACCAAACUACAGAAAUAUCUAUUAGGCAGAAAAUUUACAUUAUUGACUGAUCACAAGCCAUUAAUGGCACUAAAUAGAAAGAAAAUAGCGAAUAGUAAAAUAAACAGAUGGUCGUUGAUACUAUUAGAUUAUCAGUAUGAGAUAAGGACAAUAAAAGGAAAAGACAAUACAGUAGCUGAUUUCCUUUCCAGACAC